AAGUAGCUUUGCCGGCACUUGGUUAUUUGUUUUGCGCCCAGUACUGACCUACUGUCCUGUGCCGAGUUGGUGAUGGAGCUUCCUCUGCUGCUCAUCUUGACUGUUUGGGUGAAUGCGCGCGGCGUCCAGAGCGCGCUCCCGCCGAACUGCUCCUAUCCCCCAUCCCAGUGGUGCUCAUCUCUGGACUCUGCUGCCCAGUGUGGGGUUUUGAAGCAGUGCCUGGAGCGUGAUUUCAUCAGGUCCCGUCAGACAGCAGAGCCGGUCGAAGUGGCGCUCUACUAUGAGAGUCUGUGUCCAGGCUGCAGACUCUUCCUCGUCGAGAUGCUCUUCCCCAGCUGGAUCCUCGCAUCGGGCAUCAUGAGUGUCGCUCUGGUGCCCUACGGCAAUGCAGAGGAAAAAGUAGUUGGCCACAAGUAUGUCUACCAAUGCCAGCACGGAGAACAGGAGUGCCUGGGCAACACUAUCGAGGCUUGCGUGAUGAACAUGACCGGUCCGGCAGCUUUCCCGAUCAUCUUUUGCAUGGAAUCUGCUGCUGAUGUGAUCAAGGCUGCUGAGAGUUGUGUGGGUGUAUAUUCCAAUGUGAGUUGGUCUUCCAUCAUGAGCUGUGUGAAAGGAGAUCUGGGCAUGCAACUGAUGCAUCAGAAUGCCUUGAUGACCGCUGCCCUGAAGCCUCCACAUGAGUACGUGCCCUGGGUGACCAUUAAUGGGGAGCACACAGACGACCUGCAGAAACAAGCCAUGUCCAACCUCCUUGGUCUGGUCUGCAACAAGUACAAGGGUACGAAGCCAGAUACCUGUGUGAUGGGUCAACACUCACAACACUUCAGAAGCUACUGCCACAAUAACUGAAUGACCAACACUGCACUUGUCUUAAUGUUUGAUCUUCGUUGACAUGGAACAUUGUUUUUGUUUGUUUGAGUUGAUCAGCAUUCAUGUGCACAGUUAACAACUGAAAAAUCUGAAUUUACAUGAAUACAUGUAUGCAUGAUUUGUAUAACAUAAAAAUAUAAAACUAUGCAUACAUCUACAGACACCACACAUGCCGCCAUACAAUCAUACAAAUUUACACAUACACCCAUACACUGACAUUCAUAUAGAAACAUGGCAUAAACAGCAAUACAGCCUACAACACAAACAUACUAAACACAAACACCUCGAAGACUUCUGCAAUCUGUUUUUUUUUUUUUUUUUUUUACAUCAUAUACAGUAUCUUUGAUCUUAAAAUUUGUUUCCACUCCAAAAUUAUCAGCCUGUUUUUGCAACUGACAAAAGAUAAAAACUGAUUUGUUUUCUAAAAA